UCAAGGAAAGCUAGUUUGCAGGAUUCGAUGAAGGCUAUGCCUCCGCAGUCGUUCUACUUCUCUUUGAUGCUUUGUGGGCUUAUGAGCCUUGCUUUUUCUUUCAAAGAAGCAGCAGUAGCAACACCUACAAUUGGCUGCUCCUGCUCGGAAGUGGAACGGGACGCCCUGCUCGCCUUCAAAGCCAACGUCAAAGAUCCUUCCCACCGUUUGGCUUCGUGGUCUCCACGAAUAGACUGCUGCAAAUGGAGUGGCGUCGUAUGCAGAAGUAGCAAGGCCAACAACGCAACUUUGUUCCAAGUCCAGCAUGUGGUGGAGCUCAACCUUUCAAAUGUCGAUUAUAAGCAUACUCUGCGAGGAUAUGUUACUGGAUUAUGGUGUCUGUUUAUCAUCUUAUUAUUCAAGAAAGAAUGGAGGAACAUCUAUUUUCGAAUGAUGGAUAAAAUGUAUGACAAAGUUUACAUAGCAAUUAAGAUGAGGAUGAAUAUAUUCAGUACUAGCUAGCUAAGAUGAGUAGCUCAUGCAUGUACCAUUGAUAAAUUACGAGAAGGAUAAUGAGUUAUGUUUGUUAAAGAAAUAUUGGAGAACAAUCAAAU